AAAACCUCCGGGUAGGAACACCACACGUACAAGCACUAUCAAAGUGGACUUUACCAGAUUUAUUACGACUAUACAAAACUCUGAUGAAUGUGCGCCGUUGCUUUAGAGGCAUUACGGUAAAGUGGGGGCGGGGCUAAGAUCUGACCCGGAAGCUUUCCGGUGUUGACACAUGUUCGCUGGUCCUCGCGUUUCCCGCCUGCAAACAAACAAACAAACAAACAAAACAAACAUGUCUUCUAAGAAGAGCAAGAAGAAAAGUCAACGCUUGAAUGAAGGACAAGACUCUGACAGCAGGAACUCCUUUAACGUCAUCGAUUUCAUCGAACAAGCUGAGGAUAAAACCCCCAGAAGCUGCAGGUCAUCCCUCGCCCAGCUGAGCCUGACCUCCUUGAAGUCGGCGGGCGUGAGCAUCGGCAGGCCGGUCCUCCUGACCAGUCCAGCCAGCGGGCGGCAGGAGGUGUGCCUGGGAUGGCCGGCCGCCACCUUCCCAGGCGGGAAAGUGGGCCUGCACAGGUGUGUCCAGAACAACCUGAAGGUGAGAGGCGGGGACCAAGUGACGCUCCAUCCUCUGACGGGUGCCGUGCUUCAAGCGGAGGAAGUCAUUCUCUCCCCCAGGUCCAAGGAUGACAAACUCGACACAGACCAGUUCAGGAGCUUCCUGCUCAAUUCCCUCGUUGGCAACGUCGUUCUCCCAGGAAACGUCUUGUUCUUGACGUACUUUGGACGUCCGUGCAGCCUUUUUGUCGACAAGGUGCGAGGCGAGGACGGCAGCGUCCUCCAGGGCCCGCCUCCGGACGCGGAGGAGUCCUCCAUCAUGCUGGACUCCACUCCUGCAGACCUUUCCCUGCAGCUCAGCCUGCUCGCCAUCGACGACGACGGCGGCGGCGGGGGGCCGGGCUCACCCGCCGCCAGCACCCCACACAAACCCACCAGCUCGCCUCCUCCGUCCUCGCCCACGUCGCCCGUUUGCGAUGCCCUCAAUGCCCCCGCGGACCCUGAGGAGAGCAGCACCAGUCUGGAAGGUUCCUUCAGCACUGAGCAGGCUGAGCAGGCCCCCGCAGCUCCCCCUGCUGGCUGGUCAAGCACCAGCACCUUUUACCGCCUGUGCAGCACCACCCGAGUCACUUUUAGGACGACUCGGCGGAAAAACGCGCCGAAUAAAGAAGAUCAAGGGACAAAAGUGACCUACAGCAUGAUUGGCGGCCUGAGCAGCCAGCUGGACGUCAUCAGAGAGACCAUAGAACUUCCUCUCAAACACCCUCAACUCUUCUCCAAAUAUGGCAUCCCCCCUCCCAGAGGAGUUCUUCUGUACGGACCCCCCGGCACAGGCAAGACCAUGAUUGGCCGAGCCAUCGCCAACGAGGUGGGCGCUCACAUGACCGUGGUCAACGGGCCGGAGAUCAUGAGCAAGUUCUACGGAGAAACGGAAGAAACGCUGAGGCAAAUAUUCACUGAAGCAUCGCUCAGGACGCCGUCCAUCAUCUUCAUCGACGAGCUGGACGCCUUGUGUCCCAAGCGAGAUGACGCCCACAACGAGGUGGAGAAACGAGUCGUGGCUUCUCUGCUGACGCUCAUGGAUGGCAUCGGUUCUGAGGGCCACGCAGGACAGCUGCUGGUCCUGGGGGCCACAAACAGGCCCCACGCCCUCGACCCCGCACUGAGGCGCCCGGGACGCUUCGACAAGGAGCUGGAGGUGGGCGUUCCCAAUCCCGCCGAGCGCGCCGACAUUCUGCGGAAGCGGCUCGCCUCCAUCCCGUGCGACGCCACCGCGCAGGAGCUGACGCAGCUGGCCGACGCCGCUCACGGGUACGUGGGGGCGGACCUGGUGGCUGUCUGCAAGGAGGCGGGUCUGCAUGCGCUGAGGCGAGCGAUGGGCUCGUCAGCCAAGCUGACGGACCAGCAGCUGAUGGGGGAGGUGAGGGUCUCCCAGGAGGACCUCCAGUGGGCCAUGAGGCUGGUGAAGCCCAGCGCCAUGCGGGAGGUCGCCAUCGACGUGCCCAAGGUGCGCUGGGCCGACGUGGGCGGCAUGGAGGACGUGAAGCUGAAGCUGAGGCAGGCGGUGGAGUGGCCCCUGAGGCACCCGGAGGCCUUCGCCCGCAUGGGCAUCCAGCCGCCCAAGGGGGUCCUGCUGUACGGGCCGCCGGGCUGCUCCAAGACCAUGGUCGCCAAGGCCCUGGCCAACGAGAGCGGACUCAACUUCCUGGCCAUCAAAGGUCCGGAGUUGCUGAGCAAGUACGUCGGCGAGUCGGAAAGAGCGGUCCGAGAGGUGUUUCGGAAGGCCAGAGCCGUCGCUCCGUCCGUGGUCUUCUUCGACGAGAUCGACGCCCUGGCCAGCGAGAGAGGAAGAUCCUCGGCGUCCGGCGGCGUGGGCGACAGGGUGCUGGCCCAGCUCCUGACGGAGAUGGACGGCAUCGAGCAGCUCCGCAACGUCACCGUGCUCGCCGCCACCAACCGGCCGGACAUGAUUGAUAAGAGGGCGCCACAGAUAACUACUUUUCAACUUCAAACCUGAUGCCACGGUUACAGGAAGAAGGAUGCAGAACAGUAUCCCUUUAAACCCUUCAAUGCCGUUUACAAGUUAUGUCAGCUUGCCUCUUUUUUGUGGGUCAGAGAAACUUCUGUAAGCAAAGCAUUAUUUCAUUAUGAAGACUUUAUUGGUAAUCCUACCUGGGCGGGGUGGAUGUGGCUAAUUGCAAUCACCGCCAGAUCCUGCCCGGUGUGAUUAGCGGGCGGCUCGCUAAAUAGUCCAUCAUCAGCAAAGUGGAGCGUUUCCUCCCUUUUUUGCAUCCAGAGCGCACAUCUGUGAUUGUGUGUGUGUGUGUGUGUGAAUGUUCUUGUAUUUCUAACUUUCUUGAGACAUGAAGAAGGGAAAGUAGCUUCCAUAUGAGGAGGUGUGAACAAGU